AUGUACUGGGGGGCGCGGGCGGCGGGCAGUUAUCACUCCGCUCUGGUCACCCGCGCAUACUUACCGCACGCCUCACUUCUCGCAUCGAAUGCGCCUCGCGAACACGUGUACUUUUGUUCCUUCAAGUUUCCUGCUAUCUAUUGUGUGCUAAAGCAUGGAGAUAUUAAUCAGUCCACUAAAACUACCCAGGGCAGAAUGAAAACUAUUAAAGAGUGGGAGAAUCUCACAAAUUUCCUUAACAGUGACGCGACGGUAGAGACAAAAACCACUGAAAAGUGGAAAAAGAAAGCAGCGAAAAUACCCAAGGCUGCUUACGGUACAGGUGGUGGACCCGCAUUGCAGAUCCGACUGACCGAGUUAGAAGAGCGGGUGCUCAACAUAAUAGGGCCCCAGUCAUCAACUGGCCUGCCAGUUAUUGAAGCAGGAUUACCAAUUAAUAUUGAUAGUGAUAAAACUGCAACUAUACCGCCAUCACUCAAUGAAAAUGAGGACAGCCCCUCAAUAAUCAUAACUGUCCCACAAAUAGACAGUGAAAAUAUAACUAUCAUUAUAAAACCAUAGCUUUUUUUUUUCUCUCUAUUUAUAAUGCAUGGUUUUUGUAAAUGUCAUUACUCCUAUUAGAGCUGGUGAGUUUCUUGCUCGUUCUUCUUAUCAGCCAAAAGACGUCCUGAACGAGCGGUAGGGAAAAAAAUGUUGGACGAUUCAAACGUACUUUUAAGAAGUCUUUUUGAAUAAAGCUUAUUUUGACUUUGACUUCUUACUUUAAUUCUUAGUAUAAUUUUACUUCAUUUUGUCCUUAAUAUUCUAUUGCAGAUUGGAUGCGUCCUGGAUCUUCACACCAACCCCAUAUACCACCACCUGUGA